CCGAAUGUCAGUUACAUGUUCGCUUGUAGGUUUCCUCGUCGGUUGUAAAUAAAGCCUCGGGAAAUGUUAUAAUUAUGCUGCGCAACGGCCAGAAUCAAGCGCAACUGCUGGCCCGGAGCCUAGGGCAGUUGGCGCGGGGAAUGGCCAGUUCGAAAAGGACCACCGGUAAGCAGGAGAAGCCUACUACAAAGCUGCCAAAGGCCCCGACAAUUGAGAUGCCGGCGGAGGAGCCCCUGAACGCCAACUAUUUGGCCAAAACUCUGGGUAGCAACUACCGGGCCUGGACGGCUGCCCUGGAGAAGCACCCCGAACUGAAGACGGUGAAGCGCAAGGACCUGUUGAACUCCUACGACACGCUGAAAUCCCUGGAGUACAGCGUGGACGACAUCAUAGCCAAGCCCAUGAUCAUCUACUACGGAGCCACCACGCUGGCCAAUCGGCACAGUGUCCUGCAGGAGUGUGGCUUCCACAACGUGACCAUCCAAACGCUGGCGAAAUAUGUGACGGUGGUCAAUAAACCUAUAGAAGUGCUCAAGGCCCACAGUUACAUCCCCUUCGAUGUGAAGGUGGCGGAGCGUUUGGCGGCGUAUUUCACCGACAUCAGCCUGCCGGUGGAUUUGCGGGAGCUGGACAGCGAAAGCAUCACGCUAAAGAGCUUAAGGCAAUCCCUGCUGAACGCCUAUCUGCGCGAACGCCUCCAAAUGGACGACAGUGAUCUGCAGAAGCUGUGGCGCGUCUACUCGCGCAUCCGCCACAAGAGCUUUCGCGCCGUCCAGGACACCGUCGAGCUGCUGACCCAGGAGCUCAAGUUUCCCGCCGAGCGGCUGAGGAAGAACAGCUUUCUGCUCUACUCGGAAGCGGAUAAUGUGCGACGCAUCCUGCGCGAGAUACCCACCAUCGAUUCGCAGGACAUACGCGAAAUCGGCUUCCGACGGCCCAAGAUUCUGAUGUCCACCUGCGAUAGUUUGAAGCAAACCCUGCAGUAUGUCCAUGCGUUUGGGAUUAGUGAGGAUGCCGUCCUGCGCUGCCUGGAGGUGCUCACCCUCGGACCGGAAACUGUGCUGGAGCGACUCAGGGAUCUGCAGGAGAUCGAGGAGUUCCAGGUGCUGGGCACCAAUCCGCGAGUACUGCGACUGGUGCACUACCAAAACAAGGCGCGACUGCGUCUGGAUUAUCUCAAUCAGCUGAGGGUUCGAUGCGCCUCCCUGCACAUUCUCUCCUGCGGCUCAGAGGCCUUUGCCAAAUUUGCCAGAGAUGGCUCGGAUCGCACUAAAGGCCGCGAUAUAGUGGUCUACUUGAGUAACGUUCUGUCCAAAGAUAAGCAGGUACUGCGCAAUCUGCUCUCCCGCCAUCCCAACUGGUGCCACAUACCUUUGCUGCAUGUGAAGCAAUGCCUGGAGUACCUACGCAGCAAAAAGUUUAAGCUGCAAGAGAUUUUUGCCAACAUACACUUGCUUUUGUAUCCCAUCAAACGCAUUGAGGAAAAGAUGCUGCUUUUGCAAUCACCAGAUGCCCAAGAAGAACUCCAGCUGCCAGUGGCGGAUUUUGACUCGCUGAGCAACAACGAGAUCCUCACCCUCAUCCUCUACCUAAUCGAAUCAGAGUUUCACUUCACUGGCGACGGCAUCUGGACGGAGCAGCACACACAUCACGUGGAGAACUUCAAUAAUCUACUGCCCGACUUUCCCGAAAGCCUCAAUAAGGUCUACAAAUAUGGCGUUAAGCCUGCCGAUAAGCUGGUCAUGCAGCAUUUAUAGGCGCCACUAUUAUAAUAUAUAAUUGUAAAUAGUUUGUUAUUAGAAUUUGCAUCAAAAAUGAAAUCCCCUUUUGAAAUUGA